GUCGCGGCUCUGGGGCCGCGGCGGCGCAGGCGGAAGCGGAAGCGGAAGCGCCUCUGGCUCCUUUUCCGGGCGGGCGGCGCGGCGGCGGCAGCGGCCAAAAUGAAGUUCAACCCUUUUGUGACCUCGGACCGCAGCAAGAACCGCAAACGGCACUUCAAUGCCCCCUCCCACAUCCGCAGGAAAAUCAUGUCCUCGCCCCUGUCCAAGGAGCUGCGGCAGAAAUACAACGUGCGCUCCAUGCCCAUCCGCAAGGACGACGAGGUCCAGGUGGUGAGGGGGCACUACAAGGGCCAGCAGAUCGGGAAGGUGGUGCAGGUGUACAGGAAGAAGUACGUGAUCUACAUCGAGCGCGUGCAGCGCGAGAAGGCCAACGGCACCACCGUGCACGUGGGCAUCCACCCCAGCAAGGUGGUGAUCACCAGGCUAAAGCUGGACAAGGACCGCAAGAAGAUCCUGGAGCGCAAGGCCAAGUCCCGCCAGGUUGGCAAGGAGAAGGGCAAGUACAAGGAGGAGACCAUCGAGAAGAUGCAGGAAUAGCUGCUUUCCUGAUUGACACCAUUAAAAAACUGCUAAAAUUCCA